AUGGUGUCUGCUUCUAAAGCUGCUCGUAUGGCCAAGCGUGGCGAUGACGGCAAGAAGAAGACCCUCAAGUCGAAGAAGGGUACCUCGACCCCCGGUGACGAGACCCCCAUGCUCGAUGGCGACGGAAACCCUUUGCCCGUCGAGGAUCAGCCUGCCACCUCCGCUGAGAAGCUGAAGGAGGUUGAGAAGCUGACCGCACAGAUGGACAAGCACGGUCUCUCUGACCGUGUUACCACUGGUGUCCUCUCCUCCCUGGAGUCCUCCCGCGACGUCAAGAUCACUUCCGCCUCCCUGGUGUUCCACGGCAAGGUCCUCAUCACCGACUCCACCCUCGAACUGAACUUCAGUCGCCGUUACGGUCUCUUGGGUGAGAACGGUUGCGGAAAGUCCACCCUUCUCAAGUCCAUCGCCACUCGCGAGUUCCCUAUCCCCGAGCACAUUGAUAUCUACCUGCUCAACGAGGGUGCUCCCCCCACCGACCUCGGUGCCCUUGAGUGGGUUGUUACUGAGGCUCAGAACCAGCUCGACCGCAUGGAGAAGCAGGCCGAGGAGAUCUUGGAGAAAGAGGGCCCUGACAGCCCUAUUCUCGAGGACCUUUACGACCGUAUGGACAAGAUGGAUCCCUCGACCUUCCACACCCGUGCCUCCUUGAUCCUGACGGGUCUUGGUUUCAACAAGCAGACCAUCCACAAGAAGACCAAGGACAUGUCCGGUGGUUGGCGUAUGCGUGUGGCCCUUGCCAAGGCCCUCUUCGUCAAGCCUUCUCUCCUUUUGCUGGACGACCCCACUGCUCACUUGGAUCUCGAGGCCUGUGUGUGGUUGGAAGAAUACCUGAAGAAGUGGGAGCGCACCCUGAUCCUGGUCUCCCACUCCAUGGAUUUCUUGAACGGUGUCUGCACCAACAUGAUCGAUAUGCGCAUGAAGCAGCUCCUCUACUAUGGUGGUAACUACGAUUCGUACCACAAGACCCGUGCCGAACAGGAGACGAACCAGAUGAAGGCCUACCACAAGCAGCAGGAAGAAAUUGCCCACAUCAAGAAGUUCAUCGCCUCCGCCGGUACCUACGCCAACUUGGUCCGUCAGGCCAAGUCCCGUCAGAAGAUUCUCGACAAGAUGGAGGCCGACGGUUUCAUCCAGCCCGUCAUCCCUGACCGUGUCUUCAGCUUCCGCUUCGCUGAUGUCGAGAAGCUCCCCCCUCCCGUCCUGUCAUUCGAUGAUGUCUCUUUCUCCUACUCUGGCAACUGGGAUGACACUCUGUACGAGCACCUUGACUUCGGUGUCGACAUGGACUCCCGUACUGCUCUGGUCGGACCCAACGGUGUCGGCAAGUCCACUCUGCUCCGUCUGAUGACCGGCAAGCUCAGCCCCAUCGGUGGUAGCGUCAGCCGUCACACCCACUUGAAGCUCGGCAUGUACAGCCAGCACUCCGCUGAACAGCUGGACCUGACCAAGUCUUCCUUGGAGUUCGUCCGUGACAAGUUCCCCGAGAAGUCCCAGGACUACCAGUACUGGCGCCAGCAGCUCGGCCGCUACGGUCUGAGCGGUGAGUCCCAGACUGCUCUGAUGGGCACUCUGUCUGAGGGUCAGAAGAGUCGUAUCGUUUUCGCUCUGUUGGCUAUUGAGUCGCCCAACAUGAUUCUCCUGGACGAGCCUACCAACGGUCUCGAUAUCCCCACCAUCGACAGUUUGGCCGAUGCCAUCAACGCCUACAGCGGAGGUGUCGUGGUCGUCUCCCACGAUUUCCGUCUCCUCGACAAGAUCGCCAAGGACAUCAUGGUCUGCGAGCACAAGACCGUCACCCGCUGGGAUGGCACCAUCGGACAGUACAAGAACUACCUCCGCAAGAAGAUGAUCGACCAGGGUGCUGUUUAA